UAUGAAGAAUAGUAACCGGAUAUUACCGACGGACUAGCGUUGUCGCACUUCCGUGCACGCGAAGCUGUUGCAUGCCUAGUAGCUAACCAUUCAGGCUACAACGGAAAUCUCCCAAUACACCUAAUUUCCCUUUUCCUCCCUCGAAAGUGAAAUAUUUCUUAACCUAUAGCCGUAUUUCGAUAUAGCCUCGAAAUGCAAACGAGACCGCAUUUUAAAAGAUAGAUCACGUUUGGCUCGGUGAUUCGAUCCAAGGACCGGGUCGUAUGUGAGCACAAAGGCCCGGCACACCGUCCCGAAGUCAAAAAUGUUUCCCUCCUGGGGAAACUAUGGGGGCCAUCAACCGCAGAACUUCGGCGGGCCUGCGCCCCGAAAGCAGCACCCUGCCGGCCAGGCCGCCCCGGCGGCGGGCUUCGGAGCGGCUCCUGCUGGGGGUUCCGCUCUGUUCUCCAGCCUGCAGGAACAGCAUCUCCAGCAAAUGCAGCAGCUGCAGAUGCUCCACCAGAAGCAGCUAGAGUCGGUGCUGCACCACAACAGCGCGCCGGGGUCGUACGGGGGUGGCGGUGGAGGUGCUGCAGGGUUUUCUGCACCGUCGUGGCAGUCUGAAGCGUCGGGGCAUGCGGACAAUGUUUUUGAUGGUGCCCCGGCGUUUUAUAACCAGGACGAGGCCCAGGCUCAGUCCGCAAGAGGGCAUGAUCAGCCCCGUCCCCCUCCACCGCAGACCGCCGGGGCGAAGCCCAACCCUCCACCUCCAGAAGCACCGUCUGGCGGGGGUCCACCGAGUAAUGACGGUCCUAAAUCGAAAGAGGAGCAGCAGCAGUUCUGGUACAAGCAACACCUCCAGAACCUCCAGAAGCUGAAACAUGACGGGGCGAGGCAGAACCAGGCGGCGGGCGACGCCCCUUUCUCGUCCCACGGUCACUCGGCCCCGCCCCUCCCUUCAGAACCACCCAAGAGCGCACCGCCCCCGCCUCCACCCAAAGAGGAGCCCCCCCUUCCUCCCCCACCUCCCGAGGAUCCGGACCUUCCCAAGGACCCGGAGGAGGUGGCGCGUCUGCAGCAGCUGCAGGCGGCCGCGGCGCAGUGGCAGCACGUGCAGCAGCAGAGGGCGGGCUUGCAGUACCAGGCGCUCAUGCAGCAGCACGAGAAACUGCAGAACAUCCUGGAGAAGUACCAGCAGUUCAUUCAGCAACCCGCAAAUCUACAGUCGAUGUCCAGUGAGAUGCAGCUCAGGCACUACGAAUCCCAGCAGCAGCAGUUCACCAAGAUGUACCAAGACUGGGAGCACACCUUCCAGCUCUGGCACGACCAGUUCCAGACCUACCCUCACAAAGACCAGCUGAAGGACUACGAGCUCCAGUGGAAACAGUGGCAAGAGCAGAUGAACGCCACCAACGCCCACCUGCAGGAGCGCACGGCCACCCUCAAAACUAUGGUGCCCUACCCGUCCUCCCAGUACGGCGGUGGCAUGGCGGACCAGUACAGUCAGUACCCGGGGAAGGACUUUGCCGGUAGUCCUCAGGGCUCCAUGUCCCAGGGCCAGCCGUCACAAGGCUCAGCAUCCCAAGGCCAGCUUUCUCAAGGUUCAGCGUCCCAGGGUCAGAUGCCCCAAGGCUCCAUGCUCCAGGGUCAGAUGCCCCAAGGUUCCAUGCUCCAGGGUCAGAUGAACCAAGGCUCCAUGCUCCAGGGUCAGAUGAACCAAGGCUCCAUGCUCCAGGGUCAGAUGAACCAAGGCUCCAUGCUCCAGGGUCAGAUGAACCAAGGCUCCAUGCUCCAGGGUCAGAUGAACCAAGGCUCCAUGCUCCAGGGUCAGAUGAACCAAGGCUCUAUGCUCCAGGGUCAGAUGGCCCAAGGCUCCAUGCUCAAGGGUCAGAUGUCCCAGAGCCCAAUGUCCCAGGGUUCGUCGUCCCAGGGGGCAACUUCCCAAGGCUCCAUGCUCCAAGGCCAGAUGUCCCAAGGCUCCAUGCUCCAAGGCCAGAUGUCCCAAGGCUCCAUGCUCCAGGGACAGAUGGCCCAAGGCUCAAUGCUCCACGGUCAAAUGAACCAAGGAUCGAUGUUCCAGGACCAGAUGUCCCAAGGUUCAAGGGCCCAGGGUCCAAUGUCCCAGGGCCAUAUGAACCAAGGUGCAAGGCCUCAGGGCCAGAUGAACCAAGGCUCAAGGCCCCAGGGACAGAUGUCCCAUGAUCAGAUGUCCCAAAGCCCAAUGUCCCAGGGUCAAAUGUCCCAAGGCUCAAGGCCCCAGGGACAGAUGUUGCCCCAUGGCCAAAUGUCCCAGGGCCAGAUGUCCCAGAGCCCAAUGUCCCAGGGCCAAAUGCCCCAAGGCUCCAUGCUUCAGGGUCAAAUGAUCCAGGGACAGAUGUCCCAUGACCAGAUGUCCCAGGGCCCGAUGUCUCAGGGGCCAAGGGGUCAAGGGCCGAGGGGUCAAGGGCCAAGACCUGGAUUCGGACAACCCUCAGAGCCUAAUGCUGUCAGAGGCGGUGUUCCUUCCCCUAUGGGAGAAAGACAGAUGGGUCCCGGACACUACGGCCCAAGAGGACCAAGGCCUGAUGGUCCGAGAGUGAACGGCCCCAGGUUCGACCAGUCCCAGCAGCGCUUUGACGGUCCUUCCCGAUUCGAACGGCCCCCGUUUGAUCAGAACCCGAGAGGCUUCGGGCCACGCUUUGGUGGGCCGCCGCCCCGAUUCGAUCAGCCCCCGAGACAACCCGGACCCCAGAACCGCUUUGAGCGGCCGCCCGGACCCCCGCCUCACUUUGAGCGCCCCCAGGGACCCCAACAGCGGCCCCCAGCCCCAAACCAGCAGCAUCCCUCCGCCCCCCAUCAAAGGCCUCCAGCGCCCAAUCAACGGCUUCCAGCUCCCAACCAGAGGCUUCCCACACCCAACCAGCGCGCGCCCCCUCCCCAACAGCCCCCAGAAACGGGCCCCAAGCCCAAGACGGAACCCACGAGUACACCACAGACCAAUAUCGUCUCCAAGACCCCCGUGAAGCCCGGGCCCAUCCCGGCCAACAAAGCAAAGGACUCCUCGCCGAACAAGGGCAAAGGGGAAGACAUGGCGGACGACAGCCUGGACGGCACCAGCGGCUUCUUCCUGCCGACCGACCCCAUCCCGCAGACGACCCAAGGAAAGGAAGACGCUAAAAAACCACCGGGCACUGGUAACGAUAAACCCAGUGUUACGGCUCUUCCGCCCCCGGCGUCAAAGAACACCGCUCCGGCACAGGCCAAUCUCAAACCGGGCGGCCCGGGGUCAACGAACACCCAUGGAGCCCCGAACGCCACCAAGCUCCCCGACGGCAAACCACCUGCCAAACCUCCCGCGCCACCGCAGUCCAUCUCCGAACCGCCCAAGCCGCCGCCCGCCAUGGCACGGGGGCGGGGCAGAGGCCAGGCUCCUACUCCGCCCCCCCACCCGCGGGGGCGGGGCCGCGGGCUGCCGGCGGGGCGCGGCGGGUUCAACAGCUUCCCGCCGCCGGACCAGAUGGACGGCGUGCCGUUCGGCUACGGGGAGCCACAGAGCGAGGAGACGGUGCCGCAGGAGGAGCAGGGCGACUACUACUGGCAGGACCCCGCCUACGAGGAGCCCCCCGCCGCGGCGGACGAGGCGGAGCCGCCGCCGGAGCAGGAGCUGUGGGUCCCGGAGGAGCACCACUUCUCCCAGGAGGACGACUACUACGGGGAGCCCGGGAUGGGAGGGCCCAUGAUGGGAAGGGGACGGUUCCCCCAGCGGAGGGGAGGGCCCCCUUUACCCAGAGGGGGGCCCUACAUGGGCAGAGGGGGGCCCCCGAUGGGCAGAGGGGGGCCCCCGAUGGGGAGAGGGGGGCCUCCCAUGGGGCCCUACAUGGGAAGAGGCGGGCCGCACAUGGGGAUGGGCGGGCCGCACAUGGGCCGAGGUGGGCCGCCCAUGGGGAGAGGGGGACCCCCCAUGGGGAGAGGGGGACCUCCCAUGGGGAGAGGGGGACCCCCCAUGGGCCGAGGAGGUCCGCCGGGGGGGCGAGGCGGACCCCCCAUGGGGAUGGGCGGGCCGAUGGGAAGGGGCGAGCCGAUGGAGAGGCACUGGGAAGAGCCCGAGUCGGCCGAGUGGGGCGAAGAGGAGCCUUACUGGGAGGACUGGGGACCUCCCAUGAGGGGCAUGAGACCCCCGUUCCCUCCCGGGCGGGGAAGACCCCCUCGCGGCCACCCCGGCAUCAUGCACCCCGGCCGGGGAUGCCCCCCGUUCCCCCCGCACGGGCCCAUGGACCACGGGCCGCUGGGACCCCCGGCGGACCCCGAGGGCAUGGAGCUGGACCCCAUGAUGGACCCCAUGAUGGACCCCAUGAUGGACCCCAUGAUGGACCCCAUGAUGGACCCUAUGAUGGACCCCAUGAGGCACCCCAUGCACCGGGGGGGCCAUGACCCCCGUGGCCGGCCCAUGCGCCACGACAUGCCGAGGGGCCGCAUGCUGCCGCCACUGGAGGCGCGCGAGAUGCGGGAGCCGACGGAGGAGGCCCCGCCGUACGACGAGGACAUGGAGAAGGACCCCGAGUGGCACCGGCCGCCGCCGCCGCAGCCUGGAGCUCUGGGGCGGGGGCCCCCCCCCGCGCCGCAUGAGCUGAUGGACCGGGAGCCCGUCCGGGGGGGCCCUGCGAUGGGCAUGGGUCGGGGGAUGCAGCACUCCCCCGGGGGGCCCCCGCACGAGGAGGGCCGGCGGGAGGCCAUCGUGGAGGACUACGGCCACGGGGAGGCGCGCUACGGAUGGCGCCCGCCGCCGCCGCCACAGCCCCGGGACUACCCGCCCGACGACUACGACCGCGAGCGCCGCUACCACGACCCCGACUGGGAGCGGGAGCGCUCCACGCCGGCCCGGGACUUCUCGCCCCGCCCCGAGCGCUUCAGGGACGGCGGCUGGCCGGACGAGCGCGAGCGGGCGCGGCCGUACCCGUACGACGAGCCGGAGCGGGCGCGGGAACGGGAACGGGAGCGGGAGCGGGCGAGGGGGGAACUCCGGAUACGGGAGUACCGGGACGAGGCGCCGUACCGACGCGAGGAGCCGCCCCACCCCGAGUGGGAGCGGACGUCUCGGCCGCCCCCCCCUCCGCUGCCGGAGAGAACGUACCCCCCGGAGUACGAGACCCCCAGGCCCCACUACGGAGACCGCCGGGGGGAGCCCGCCGCCGGCAUGGACGCCAUGGCGGCCCCGCAGCCGCCGGCGACGCCGGGCGGGGGUCACCCGGACGCCCCGUGCGACCCGGCCGCUCAGGGCGGGAGCGCGGCGGGGGUGCUGGCCCUCUCGCAGCGGCAGCACGAGAUCAUCCUGAAGGCGGCCCAGGAGCUGAAGUUCAUCAGAGAGAUGCAGGAAGGGGUGACGGACACCCAUCCCGCCGCCACAGAAGUCCCUCCUGAACUUCCAGCCGGCCUGCUGGGCUUGGAGAUCCCCGCAGAAGUCAGGAACGCUCUCAAGGGCAUGGUGGCGUCUGCGCAGCCAGCGGCUGGUGAGCCGGGGGCCUGGGACAGCAUGCCUCACAGCGCAGGCUACCAUCCGCCGCCCCCCCCCGCAGCCCCUGCACCCACCAUGCUCCCCAAGACGGUGGACUACGGACACGGACACGAACCAGGUACCACGGUGGAGCGGAUCUCGUACGGGGAGCGCAUCGUGUUGAGGCCGGACCCCCUGCAGACUGACCGGGCGUACGAGAAGGAACCUCUGGGACUCAGAGACCCGUACGGCCGGGACCCCUACUACGACCGUCGGCCGGACCCCUACCCCGAACGGCGGGAGUACAGCCGGGAGCGGGAGUCCUACCGGGACAAGCCCCCCCCGGACUACGAGAGGGACCGCUUCGACCGGGAGCGCUUCCCCCCGAGAGACGACAGACCUCCUUUCGGUGCCCACCCCCCCCGGCCGAGCUACCGCGACCGGGAGCCCCGGGAGGACAGCGAUGGGCGCGACCGCGAAGACCCCUACGCCCGGCCCAGCUACGACAGACCCCCGUAUGAGCGCACGCCGCUGGAGUGCGGCGGGCCACCGGAGCGCUACCCCCACCGGUCCUCGCCGUACGGGGAGAGGAGGGGCUUCCCCGAGGAGCGUGGCCCGGGCCCUGCUUCGUCCCAACCCCCUCCUCCUCAGCCUCAGCCUCCCCCCCCGCGCGCCGAGAAGAAACCAGAGACCAAGAACGUGGACGACCUCCUCAAGCCCCCAGGCAGGAUGUCCCGCCCAGAGAGGAUUGUCAUCAUAAUGAGAGGACUUCCCGGAAGCGGUAAAAGUCACGUCGCCAAGCUGAUUCGAGACAAGGAGGUAGAAUGUGGGGGCGCUCCACCCAGAGUCCUGGUCCUGGACGACUACUUCAUGACGGAGUCGGAGAAGGUGGAGAAGGACCCCGACACGGGAAGGCGGGUGAAGAACAAGGUGCUGGAGUACGAGUACGAGCCGGAGAUGGAGGACACGUACCGCAGCAGUCUGCUGAAGACCUUUAAGAAGACCCUGGACGAUGGCUUCUUCCCCUUCAUCAUCAUGGACACCAUCAACGACCGCGUCAAACACUUUGAGCAGUUCUGGAGCGCGGCCAAAACGAAAGGCUUUGAGGUCUACGUGGCUGAAAUCACGGCCGACAACCAGACCUGUGUGAAGAGGAACGUACACGGUCGCACACUGAAGGAAAUCGCAAAGAUGUCGUCCAACUGGGAGCUGUCGCCACGUCACAUGGUGCGCCUGGAUGUCCGCUCUCUGCUUCAGGACGCGGCUAUCGAGGAGGUCGAAAUGGAAGACUUCAAUCCUGAGGAUGAGACCAAGGAGAUGAAGAGGGAGGAGGAGGAAGAGGGUGACAUGGGUUACAUUCCAAAAAGCAAAUGGGAGAUGGAUACGUCUGAGGCAAAACUCGACAAGCUGGACGGCAUCGUUUGCGGUGGGAAGAGGAAGCGGGAGGGCGUGGCAGGCAUGGAGGACUUCCUUCAGCUGCCCGACGACUACGCCACGCGCAUGUCUCAGCCCGGCAAGAAACGGGUUCGGUGGGCGGACCUGGAGGAGCAAAAGGAGGCGGACCGGAAGCGUGCUAUUGGCUUCGUGGUGGGUCAGACAGACUGGGAGCGAAUCACAGACGAGAGUGGCCAGCUGGCCCAGAGAGCUCUCAACCGCACAAAGUUUUUCUAAGAAGAGAAAUCUGUCAUUCCUCUUGUCUCUUGGAGAACUGAUCUCCACUAAGUGAAAGCAAACGACUCAACGGUGGAACAGAACAGAAACAAUAGUGUUACUGCUGCUUCUUAGAUUAACUUAAAUGUGAAAUGGUUUUCUUUUUAAUUCUAAGUACGCUUUAUAUGAAUGAUACAUUUAGAUAUAACGGUCUCUCUGUGAUACUUUAUUGUGAUAUUAUUUGUUUUCCAGGCGGGUUUGCGUUGGCUGUUUUAUACUCUACGGGCUCUAUGUGUCUAGCUGUAGCAUUCUUGUUUUAUGAGUAAAUGACAAAACAAUAAAAGUUUUUAAAAAAUGAACACCUGUUUCACUUUCGCUUUCAUUUUAGCCUUGUUCCCUUAAAGAAUGGACAUUUUAAGAGGAACUACCAAUCAUUGAAGCCGACAUCUCGAACCAGAAAGUAAAUGAAAUGAAGGUCCUACCCACUGGAAAGGCUUUGCAUCCAGCCCUGUAAUAAAGAGUUGGGCAUUGCAUAGUUUUGCUGUGAAGCAUCAUUUUGAAAUGCAGCAAAUGGACACUUGAAUUAUUACCAUGGUGAAUGAGAAUGAUGAAGGGCAAUAAUAUCCUUAAUGCCUACGACGUGUGCUGUUUAAUUCACUUUGACCCUGCCCGUUGUACUGACAAAAUGUCAUCCACAACAUACAUCUCUGAUGAUUGGUAUCUCAACACGUUUCAUCAGUAUUAGUCAAUUUUAAGUACUGUACAUUGAAUGCAAUUCUUGAUGCAACCAUUCAAGUAUCUGUUGUUUCAGAUCUUUCCCAAUUAUACGGUUCUCCUGUUAAACUUGUCUUGGACAUUUUAUAAAACAAAUUUGAAAAUGUGUUCGAAUGAUGGGUCUAGAUCUGUCAUGGUAUAUUGAACAUGGAAACAAAUGGCCUUAUCCUACUGCAUUGAAUUGAGCAGAAAUCCAAGGGAAGUUACUCUUCUGUCGUAGUCCAGCACACUCUCUAACUCCCUCUCUCCCAUCUGGUGAAACAUGCACCUGUUGAAUUUUCACAUCACAUGGAAGGCUGGUUUCGUGAAUAGAUAGGCUUUGUUAGUGUAAUGUGUUCUGAUGAAUUGCAGUACAAUCAAUGUUGCUGGUUUUAAUCUCCCAUAGAUUAAUGCCCAUUGAAUACUACAAUGUAGAAUUCAUGGAUUUUUUUAUGAAGGGAAAACUACACAUAAGGCAUGUUGAUCGGAGUAAACGUUUAGAGUAUUUUGUGAAACUUAACUAAAUGAAGUUUCUGGGAACGAGUGAAAUACUGAACGUCAUUUUCUAAAUAUUAGGCCAACUUCCUCACGCAGUACAUGAUCCAUGAAUAGGGUUUGAAGACUUAUGCUCACAAAUACAGUCCCCAGAACAGUAAUCCCUGACCAAAGGGCAAGCAUGGAGACCCGUAUGAAAUGCAAGGCAACGGUGAACAGCGAGAAGAGGUUGUUUUGCACUCUAAAUGGUAAGUAUUGCAACUAGUCAAUUCACAGUUGGUUGUAAUAUGCUACGGAAAUUAAAGCACAUCAAUGCCACUAAGAUGUUAGCGGCAUUAAUGUUUGACUCCCCAGCUAAAAGGUUCUGUGCUCGAUCCCCAAUGUCCACAGUCUGCCUGCAUGCAUCCUUGAGCUAAGAUGGCCGUCGCGAGCUGCUCCUUAAUGCGGGGUCUGAAGUCGGUUUUAAGUCACUUUGGAUAAAGUACCAAAUGUCAAUGGUAAUGGUUAAACAAACAAUAUGUUUCAAUGUCUUAGUGAGAGAGUGAAAUGUAGUCUCAUAAGGCACUCAUCAUAAGAACCAGGAAUUAUUUUGGACCUAAUUUUCCAACUUUUUAAGAGUCAAGUUAAUGUUAAUAUACAUGAUGGUUUAAACGUGUUGUCUUGUCGUCCUGUAAACGAAAACUUGUAUUCUCUGAAUAUUAAAACCGUUCCUCUCUUCUGUGGCGUUUGACUCUUCUGUGCAUCACCUGAACACCAGUCUUCUCCCUGAAAAGGUGUUCUUCAUCUUGUCUUUGUUUUUGUAUUGAGAAUUGGAAACACAAUAAGGAAACAAUUGUUAUUGCUUUUUAAUUUGGAUAAUAUAGAUAAAGUAAAUCCUGUAUAGUUUGUCCAUUAUCAUGGUUAAAUCUGAUUGCCUACACACUACAGACCAAUGUAAAGUCUAAUCAUUUAGUGUUAUCUGAAAGAGUCAUGUUUAGUGCUCAUGAAAGAGAAAAACACAAUAGCCCAUGAGUUCAACAGACUCAACAAACAGUCUUGGGCCACAGAUGAAGAGCAUGGCUUGUGAUGUACUGGUUGUUAGUCAGGGUAGUGAGCUUUGAACUCUUCGGGUACAUUGCUGUCCAGUUUACAGAUGACCUUGUAGAUAGGCUUCUUCCACGAGGGAUCGCAGUCCUUCCCCAGGGAAACGGCCACGUAGAACUCUCUCAGCGUCAUCUCCGCCACCUCAAGAAAUCUCUCGGGGACCUGUUCACAGAAACAUGGAAUGAACACAGAUUAUAUGACUUCAUGCACCCGUGAAUGAGUGACUUCCCUUCUUAAAGAGUUUGUGUGUGUGUGUGUUUUGGAUGUGUAUUGUAGUAUCCAUCUUAGGCCUGUAUCCAUCCCGGUAAGUUGUAGGACAAUGAUAAUGAAGAGCUUAACCGUUUUUUCUUUCAGAUCCCUAUUGUUUAAACUUGUGGCGUAUUGUUGGUUCAUCAGAUUGCUUGAUUCCCAACGGGAUCCACACAUUCUUCCAUGUAUUGUUUAAUUUUAAUGUUGAAAUCUAAUCUGAGCAAGGUGCUCUGGUGUAAAUGGACAGGUAGCUAAAGCUGAACAGUAAGAAAAUUACUUGCAACACAGCUGUAGCUUUAUAGACUGGGCGGAAACUUGAUGGAAAGACCAUACUGCCAUCUAUUUUUAUUAAUAACCGCACAUCAAUUUCACCACUAGAAAUAAAAUGUAUGCACGCCGUCUCCAAAAUCAUUGGUCUCCCCAUCCCAGACCUGUCAUUUAUCAUUGACUUACCUGUGCAACAUAACGCUUGUGACACACAUGCACGCACACACACCUCUCUCAUUGGCUGGUGUGUUAAUGUGCUGCUGUUGAUAGCUUGUAUUGUAAUUAACGUCCUAUGUCCUAUGUACGUACACGAGUGGCUAUGAAUUUCCUCUCAGGAGGAUGAUGCAACGGAAUCUAAUUUAAUCCAAAUAAUUUAAUCCAGUGUUAAACUACAUGUAGUCAACUCUACAGAGCUGGUGCAACACUAACAAAGAGAACCAUCGGCUCUGGUACUAAUGUCCAAUCUUGUCCAAUCCAUUCCCUGUCAAACCACAUUAGAGCUUCGACUUUAUUCUAUUAUGCACCAGCGGGGCUACUUGAUGGCCUGAUUAUCAUGGCUCUAAUCACCCUACUCAAAGACAUUGCCAUGUUAUGUUGUGCAGUAUUUUACUGUAGUUUUCUGUAAGGAAAGCAAGUGAUGACUGCAAGUGAAGGCUCCUCCUACAAGCCCGGCCAAACCCAAAGGUCAAGAGGUCACAGUUCAUUUAAAUUAUUUCUGACAAUUAGUUAAAUCAAAUGCUAUGUUAUAGUCUGUUUGUGUGUGGGGACUUUGCUGCCCUCUGCGUAAGGAGUACAGAUUUGAACACUUUGGUAGACGCCAUUGUGUAUACAAUCUGACUAAGAGCCCUAAAUACCCGGGUUCUGUGAAUACAUCUCGGAGCGGCGGAAGCAGUUCAAUACAAAACAGACUGACAUUUUGGGCUUUCUCAGGCUGGCAAAUGUAAUGUCCCCUACAUGUCCAUUGGGGAAGUGGCAUCUCUUUGAAUAUUCUCCCUGUCAUCGUGUGUGUCUACAUAAAGGAUGCAUUCAAUUGGAAGCAUUUUGCAUAAUUCAUGAACAUGUCCCUCAUUGUGAGAGUGCUGUCGACUGGGUGGUUUUUGUAGGUUUCUCAGGAACCCAUUGAAACAAAAUGUUACUAAUCCAGCCGUGAAUUUAAGAUCAUACACUAUUGAUCACACGUAUUAGAGCUUGAAUGGAAUAAAGUAUAAAACUGUUUAUUCUAUGGAUCAUCUUGGUUGGCCUGUCUGCAAUGUCCUUCAUAAUUAGCCGCAACAAAGAAAAAUACAUAUGGUUAUUCAACUUAUAUAUCUGUUAAAAGACAACUCUUUUCUUUUAAGGGUUUACUGAAAUACCGUUGAUCCCAGAAAUGAGUCCAUUGCACAAAGAACGGAUCGAUGGGUCGACCAUGAUGUGAACGUUAUUGGGAUUUAGAGACUAUACAAAAACAAAGCUUAUAGAAACUCCUGUGGCAUUGACCUAUGCAAAAUAGAAAGCUAGAAGCACAUAAACAACACAAUGUUCAGGAGUGUAUCUCUGGAGGAUUUAUACAGGCUCAGCCCCCCCCCAACCACCUUCCCCACGUAUAAAGAGCAGGGACAAUCAUCCACGGAGGGAGAGAUCAGCUGAGGUAGCACUGGGAUGACUAACAGGGUUGGGUUUAUCAGCCUUCUAGGCAGGGAAUUAAGCUCCCUGGGUAGUAAAUAACAUUGAGUGCAGUAAAAAAAAAAAAAGCAUUUUAAGGGAGCCUUGUGUAGAAAAAUGACAAUGAUAACCAAUCCUCUUUAAAAACUCAUUAGCUAUUUCAGUUCAUAUUUAUUCUGGGCUUGUUGAUUUAGAGGCUGAUCACCUUGUUUGUUCAUCCCAAGCCAGCCCAGCUCUGCUAUGGAUCCAUUCAGAACAGUUCAACAGAGAUGAGGGUACACUCACAGCAGGGCUGUCGCUGGUCUUUAAAUCGAAUCAACCUGUAGGCUAUAACCAAUUCUGUGUUUUUAAUAUGAAACUAAAUUUUGUUAAAAAUUAGACCAGGUAAGGUGAGCGGGUCAGGUCAUUAUAGUAAGACUCAGCAUUAACAAAUGAAUACACUGUACACAAACUAACAUGUACAAAACAGCCUAAAAAUGAUACAAUUACAUAGAAAAAAAAGUUUUUUUCUCCACUGAGACUUAAUACUUGUUCAUAUCUCCUAUUUUCUGUGUAACAAGUGUGUUCACAAAAAGCCAUCUUUCCUCCGGGACCUCACCUUUCUAAACAGUGCUACAAUCAAAUACAACAAAUUGAUCAUAACCAUGCUACACGCGGAUUCACUUUGACGAAAUAACAAAACUCUUGUUUACAAAUGACUUGCCUCGUGUAUAAGGGUGUAUAGGGCUAGGGAAAAGGACCUUACAAGAUACACAAAAGUGACACAUUGUCUCAUAAUUCACCUAUGGUUAUGAUAUUGCGACACACCAUUGUGAUUUUAGUUACACACACACAC